CGAGAGAGGAGAUAGUGUGAUAAAUCUGUGAUCGGAAGGGAGGUCAGAACAGUUAAGGCGCUGUACCUGUUCUACAUCAGAGCGAAAAGCGCAUCUUUCCCGGGGAGAAGUGAAAUACACUGACAGUGUCCCACCCAUUUGGAUUUUGCCGUUCGUUCUGUGUAUUGGAGGCUUCAGGGCUGCUGGGGAGGAGCGAGGCUCGUCUUUAUCAGUAAGACAGCGCCGCUGCUCGAGCGCUACACUGACCGUCUGCCGCGCGCAAUCGCCGUUUGAUCGGGACCCGCGCGGAGUCUCUCCGUUAUCUCGCCGCGCGCCACUGCAGCAGAAGGGCAAGAGGAACUCCUGAGAGGAUCACUUAUUUAAUCUCCGCUGACCCUUCCUGGGAGAAAAAAACAUCCAAAAAUAAAAAAAAAAAACACGGACUUAACUGACACCUGUCCUGGGAGAUACUUAGUCGAAGACCUUUGCGUGUACCUCAGAAGUUUUAACCGUCUGUACCGUUGAACGUUUGUAACCUUGGAACUCGUAACUGCUGUUCGGUGAGGAUGGGACCGUUGCUUGUCUCCAUCGCCCUCUGCGUGCACCUCGCUGUCCCGCAUCUCGUCAAAGCAGCAGAUGGUGAGGAUCCGACUUCAGCAGGACCCUGUCAUCCAAACCCUUGUCACAAUGGCGGCACCUGUGAAAUCAGUGAAACGUUCAGGGGUGACACAUUCAUUGGAUACGUCUGCAAGUGCCCAUCAGGCUUCAACGGAAUCCACUGCCAACACAAUGUUAAUGAAUGCGAAAGAAGCCCCUGUAGAAACGGGGGGAUCUGCACAGAUCUGGUUGCGAACUAUUCCUGUGAAUGCCCAGGGGAAUAUAUGGGAAGAAACUGCCAGUACAAAUGUUCCGGUCCACUGGGAAUGGAGGGUGGAAUCAUCUCCAACCAGCAGAUAACGGCCUCCUCCACUCACCGAGCUCUCUUCGGCCUCCAGAAAUGGUACCCUUACUUUGCCCGGCUGAAUAAGAAGGGUCUUGUGAACGCCUGGACCGCAGCCGAGAAUGACAGAUGGCCCUGGAUUCAGAUUAACCUACAGAGGAGGAUGCGGGUCACAGGAGUGAUAACCCAAGGAGCCAAGCGCAUCGGGAGCCCAGAAUAUGUUAAGUCGUACAAAGUAGCCUACAGCGAUGACGGAAAGACCUGGAGGACAUACAAAGUCAAGGGCACGGACGAAGAUAUAAUCUUCCGUGGGAAUAUUGAUAACAACACUCCAUUUGCCAACUCCUUCACCCCUCCUAUCGAGGCUCAGUAUGUGAGGAUCUACCCGCAGGUGUGCAGGAGACACUGUACUCUUCGCAUGGAGCUCCUGGGUUGUGAGCUCACGGGGUGUUCAGAGCCAAUGGGGAUGAAGUCUGGCCACAUUCAGGACUACCAAAUCACAGCUUCCAGCAUCUUCAGAACUCUUAACAUGGACAUGUUCACCUGGGAGCCUGGGAAAGCAAGACUGGAUAAACAAGGCAAGGUCAAUGCCUGGACAUCUGGACACAGUGACCAGUCCCAGUGGCUGCAGAGCCUCUCGCUCACUUGUGCGCUCACUCACUGUUCAUUAAGGUUGACAUGCUUCGGCCAACAAAAAUCACAGGCGUUAUUACCCAGGGGGCUAAAGACUUUGGACAUGUUCAGUUUGUCGGCUCCUACAAGCUGGCUUACAGCAAUAACGGCGAGAGAUGGUUUAUAUAUCAAGAUGAAAAACAGAAGAAAGACAGGGUCUUUCAAGGAAAUUUUGAUAAUGACACCCACAGAAAGAAUGUGAUAGAUCCUCCCAUCUAUGCCAGAUUCAUCCGAAUUCUUCCAUGGUCAUGGUAUGGAAGAAUCACUUUGCGCGCAGAGUUACUGGGAUGCACAGAGGAAGAUUAAAGACCCCUAUUAAUUUCCCCUUUGCAACACUUUGGUCCAUAUUCAAUAUAAACUGUGCUUGUAAAACAUGUACAAUUAAAAUUGGUUUCAUCUCAUAUGAAUUUUCCAUUUUUGUAAUAUUAUGAUUUGUUUUAGGUUUUAGUCCUAAAGAGGUUGGGUUUAGUCAUCUCUCGUGCCCUGCUUUUUUGUCCUUUUAUGGUCUGUGCCAUUUAUUGUUUUGUUUUUUUGUUUUUUAAGCCAAUUAGAGGGUGGGGGUUAUUUCACUGUGGUUUUCGCAGUGGAACAAAAGCCACUGUACAGUGUCACUUUAAACCAGAACAAAACAUCACAUGCAAUGAUUUUUGGGCCAUAAUCAAACACAUAACAGAAAAGACUAACAUUAAUAUGUAAAAUAUCUUUCUACUUUUAUUUUAACAGCAGGCCUGACUGAAGUUAUAUCACAACUGACAUUGACAUUGUGUGGACAAAAAAUAUGAUGGUAUUGUAUUAUAUGUAAAACGCAAAAUAACUGCAUGAUGCAAAAAUGAAUAGAAGUAUAAGACAACAAGAUGUAUAAGUUCAAAUUAAAGCAUUUCGUAGAUCAUUUUUAUCAAUCAUUUCAAAUUUGUAUUAUCUGUUUUCCUGUACUUUUCUAAAGACACUGUUACAUGCCCCAUAACAUAAUGACAUGCCAUAAUAAAAGCAACACUACAGAACUGGAAGCACCUAUUACAGACAAAUCUUAACCAAUUCCACACACAUAGACAAUUGUUGGAAAGUUAUGAAGGUAAAGGUACAUUCACCUACAGCUUGUUACGUAAGCAGUCAAAAAAGUUUUAAGAAAAUAUUGUCCUUGGAGGUCCAUUACCUUUUUUUUUUUAAUGUAUACAAUAUUGUUUAACUUCCAGAUGUCUCAGUUUUUCAGGCUGUUUACCUAUUGAUUAACUGUACUACUGUAUUUUAUAUUAUUUUUUCUUGAUUGUAAAAACCUCAGGAUAGAUGUCAUCUUUUUUUAGUACUUACAAUCAUACGAUUAGAAAAAAACUGGUGGAAUGCAAAAUCCUUUUGAAAUCCCACAUUUGUAUGUGCUUGUUAGAAAAUGUGAAGGAAUAUUAACAUACGAAAAAUGUAUUGUAUGGUGGGGUUAUUCUUUUUUUCCCCUUUGCAUAUAAUGAAGACACAAAUAAAUAACAGCUUUUAUGUAUACAGAUGUUAGGUAUUCAUCAAAAUCAAUUAUUCAUUUCAAAGGUGAGCACCGUUGGGUUGUGAAAUCACUGCAUCAUUUUAUUUGCUACUUUUCUGGAAAUUUUCAGGGCUCAUGACAUACAUGUAAUAUAUAUAUAUAAGAACCCAUGAGACGGGGGAGGGGUUUUAACACUAUUUGUACAGUCUUGAAUGUGACAAAAAAAAAAAAAAAAAAACAUUCAGCGUAUAUCAUACACCAGAAUCAGCAUAUACAUCACGUACAGUAUCAUAUUUUUUAACUAAAAGAUAAAUGUUGGCAUCAUGUUUCUAUGUUUAUCAUGAUUAUCGACAUAUAUUGAAAUAAUAUCAGUAAUUCUUGUCUAACAUUUCCCUGUGUCUGUGAAAUUCUUCUCUAACACUGUUCAAAUUACUUGUGUGCACAUUUAACAGUUUUGUACAGACCUUUUGAGGGUGACUGUGUAUUAAGAAGAAAAAAAAAUCGAAAUAUGAGGUCCACAGGCACAUUUUUGAAAAAAUAAAUAAAUAAAAUAUGUAUAUUGGUGGGUCUGAUAGUCCAGCAUUUCCAUUACAUGUGCUGUGAAUAGUGAUCGUUUGAAAAAAUAUAUAGAGUUAAAGUCAAGAGAGACCCAGUGGGCCACAUACUCUUUUUGAUUUGCAUUUAUGCUGUCAGCUGUUCCAAAAAAAUAAUAAUAAUAAUAAAAAUGUCAUGUUUCUUUUUUAUUCAUACCGUGUCAAGCAAGUGCUAUAUGGUAAAACAUACCAGUUAUACACUAUUAGUUCAAGCGAUGUGUACAAAGGAGGACAGCCAUUGCUAACAUAUAGACAGCUCUUUUGUUUGACAAAUAAAAAGACAUCUGUGAAAAAUC